UACUGUCUGGGGUUAGAAAUUGAUCAACGUGAAGGCAUAAAACUAUGACAAAAGAAAUACGUCACCGAAAUUUUGAAAAAGUUCAAAAUGGAAGACAGUAAUGCAACAAGUACUCCAGCAAGUCCAAACACAAAUUUAGGAGGGACAAAAGACACAGGAGGGCAACCACCGAAAAAGUAUCCUUAUAAGAAACUAGUGGGAUCGCUAAUGUACCUGGCGGUGUGUACUAGACCCGAUAUUGCACACACAGUCAGCGUAUUGGCACAAUUCAAUGACAAGCCAAAUGAUCAUCACUGGGGAGCAGCAAAAAGGCUCCUAAGAUACUUAAAAGGCACUGCAGACUAUUCAUUGAAGUACAGCAAACCGUUAGGAAAGCUAAUCGGAUACGCAGAUGCAAGCUGGGCAAAUGACACCAAGGACAGACGAUCAUACACAGGAUACACAUUCCUAUUAGGAGGAGCAGCAGUCAGCUGGCAAUCCAAGAAACAAAAAACGGUCGCACUGUCAACUGCCGAGGCAGAAUACAUGGCACUGACAGAAGCUGCAAAGGAAUCAAUUCAUCUCAACAGGUUCAUGGAAGAACUAGGCAUGGAUCAAUCAAUAAGUGGGGAAAUAUUCUGCGACAACAGGAGUGCAAAAAUGUUGGCAGAAAACCCAGCAUUCCAUUCAAGGACGAAGCACAUCGAUAUUCGGUAUCAUUUCAUACGUGAAAAGGUGCGAGAAGGGCUCAUCAAGGUGGAGUCAAUAUCAACAGAUGAUAUGGUAGCAGACAUAUUCACAAAAGCACUGCCUGCUAUAAAACAUGUGAAACACUGCGAGAAUUUGGGGCUGUUAUAAACAACACACGCCAACAUUGAGGGG